ACAUAUUUUGUUAAUUAUGACCGUAUUUCUGCAGACAUUUUUUUGCAGCCAUUACAGAAGGCAAGACUCCAAAAUCUUUUAAAGAGGCAAUGAAGUAUGAUGCAUCGAAAGAGGCUAUGGGAGCAGAAAUUGACGCCCUCGAAGGGCAAGGGACAUGGGUACUAGAGAAAUUUCCUCCAGGAAAGAAAGCACUUGGGAGCAAGUGGGUGUAUAGGAGAAAAGAGAUGAGGAUGGAAAUUUAAUCAGGAACAAGGCGCGAUUGGUCUGCUUAGGCAAUCAUUAGGUAGAAGAGGCUUUUAUAGGUAUCAACAUAGGAAUGGAUCUCUCUGAUGCGCCUAGUCCAACUCAGGUUGUUGCUCUUCUCAAAGAACAAAAAAUCCUACACAUACGGCUUUUUGAUUCUGAUCAGGCUAUGCUCCUUGCACUUGCAAACUCAGGAAUACAAGUCACUGUCUCUGUUCCUAAUGAGCAGCUUCUUGGAAUUGGUCAAUCGAAUGCUACUGCAGCCAACUGGGUAGCUCGGAAUAUUGUUGCUCAUGUACCUGCCACCAAUAUCACAGCCAUAGCUGUAGGUUCUGAAGUUCUUACUGCCCUUCCAAAUGCUGCUCCUAUCUUAGUCAGUGCCAUGAAAUUCAUUCAUUCAGCUCUUGUUGCUUCAUAUCUGGAUUCCAAGAUCAAAGUGUCAACUCCACAUGCAUCUUCGAUUAUACUUGACUCUUUCCCACCCUCACAAGCUUUCUUUAACCGUACGUGGGACCCAGUCAUGGUCCCCUUGCUGAAAUUCCUGCAGUCUACGGGUUCUUAUUUCAUGCUUAAUGUGUAUCCGUACUAUGAUUACAUGCAGUCAAAUGAUGCGAUCCCCUUGGAUUAUGCCCUUUUCCGUCCUCUUCCUCCAAAUAAAGAAGCUGUAGAUGCCAACACUCUCUUGCACUACACCAAUGUUUUUGAUGCUGUGGUUGAUGCUUCUUAUUUUGCAAUGUCGUAUCUAAAUUUCACCAAUGUUCCUGUGAUCGUGACUGAAUCAGGUUGGCCUUCCAAGGGUGACUCAACUGAGCCUGAUGCCACCAUUGAAAAUGCUAAUACAUAUAAUAGUAAUCUCAUUAGGCGGGUUCUGAACAACACAGGGACACCCAAACAUCCUGGAGUAGCAGUUAGUACAUACAUAUAUGAAUUGUACAAUGAGGAUUCAAGACCGGGAUCGAUCUCAGAGAAAAACUGGGGUCUUUUUGAUUCAAAUGGCGCACCAAUAUAUACUCUGCACCUAACAGGUUCAGGGACGGUAUUAGCAAAUGACACCACAAACCAAACCUUUUGUGUUGCAAAGGAAGGUGCGGACCCAAAGAUGCUUCAGGCAGCAUUGGAUUGGGCUUGUGGGCCUGGAAAAGUAAAUUGUUCGAGUCUGUUGCAGGGAGAAUCUUGUUACGAGCCUGAUAAUGUUGUUGCCCAUGCAAAUUAUGCAUUUGACACUUACUACCAUAAGAUGGCUAUGGCAUCUGGUACCUGUUAUUUCAAUGGAGUGGCUACUGUCACCACUUCUGACCCAAGUCAUGGCUCUUGUAUAUUUCCUGGAAGUGGUGGAAGGAAUGAAACCUUCACAAAUAGCACAGCCCUUGCUCCAUCUGAAAGCUCCACAAGUCAUGGUACUCCAUGUCACUUCUCUCACACUUAUGCUUGGAUAAACACAUUAUUUAGUAGUCUUCUUUUUUGGUACGCAUUUCCUUUGUGAUGUCAGUUGAAAUUCUAGACGCCAAACCUGUAGCUUCACCAUAAUUGUUAAGAAGUUUGGUUUGGCGUAGGAGUUAAGACCCAAUUUUGUUUAUAGAGUAAGGGGUCAAAAACUCGAAGAUGGCAGGAGGGGUUUUCAUUUGUUGAGGAUACUGUGCAGGCAGCUCGGUUCAGGGUGGAUGAUCAACCCGUCAAAAGAAAAACAUGGGAUGAUCAAUUGAAUUUAAUGUAUCAUAUUAUUCACUAUUCUUGAUUUACUCACCAUCACUGGAUAAAGGAUACUCAUUCAUGUGAUUGCCCAACAUCAAAAAUUUUAUUUUUUAUUUUUUAUUUAUAAAAAUUAACAAUAACAAUUUUACGUCU